CGAGCUGGCCUCGCUGCUAGCUGGCUGCCGCCCGCCCUCCGCCCUCCCGCCGCGCUCUCCGCCUCCGCCUCUGCCGCCCGCCGCCGGCUCUGGCCCCAGUCCCCUGCUCCUGCCCUCGCCGCCGGAGAGUCGUCGCGCGCAGGGCCCAUGCACGCCAGUCUGUAGCGCGCUAGCCGGCGGUGUCCGGAGCCCGAGCGCAGCCUGCAGGUCCCAUCUAAGGCGCCCCUGACCGUCCCUGCCCCCACUCCCACCCCGGAUCCCGGCAAUGCUAACCGCUGUCUGCGGCUCUCUGGGCAGCCAGCACACUGACGCGCCUCACGCCUCCCCACCGCGCCUGGACCUGCAGCCUCUCCAAACAUACCAGGGACACACAAGCCCGGAGGCUGGGGACUACCCCUCCCCGCUGCAGCCUGGAGAGCUGCAGAGCCUCCCGCUGGGCCCGGAGGUGGACUUCUCACAGGGCUAUGAGCUGCCAGGGGCCUCCUCGCGGGUAACCUGCGAGGACCUGGAAAGUGACAGUCCUUUGGCUCCAGGACCUUUUUCCAAGCUCCUGCAGCCGGACAUGUCCCACCAUUAUGACUCAUGGUUCCGGCCCACCCACCCGGCCACGGAGGAUGGCUCGUGGUGGGACCUUCAUCCCGGGACCAGCUGGAUGGACCUCCCCCACACUCAGGGCGCCUUGACCUCCCCUGGCCACCCGGGGCCGCUUCAGUCCGGUUUGGGGGGCUAUGUUGGAGACCACCAGCUUUGUGCGCCGCCGCCCCACCCGCAUCCGCACCACCUCCUGCCAGCUGCUGGAGGGCAGCACCUUCUGGGGCCGCCUGAUGGGGCGAAGGCCUUGGAAGCAGCCGCCCCAGAGUCCCAGGGACUGGAUUCCAGUCUCGACGGGGCGGCCCGGCCCAAGGGCUCCCGGCGAUCAGUGCCUCGCAGCUCAGGCCAAACCGUGUGCCGCUGCCCCAACUGUCUGGAGGCUGAGCGACUGGGGGCUCCAUGCGGUCCAGAUGGGGGCAAGAAGAAGCACUUACACAAUUGCCACAUCCCGGGCUGCGGCAAGGCCUAUGCCAAGACGUCACACCUGAAGGCGCACCUGCGCUGGCACAGCGGAGACCGUCCCUUCGUGUGCAACUGGCUUUUCUGCGGCAAGCGCUUCACGCGCUCCGAUGAGCUACAGCGCCACCUCCAGACCCAUACCGGCACCAAAAAGUUCCCCUGUGCAGUCUGCAGUCGUGUCUUCAUGCGCAGCGACCACCUGGCCAAACACAUGAAAACCCACGAGGGCGCCAAGGAGGAGGCUGCCGGGGCGGCCACAGGCGAGGGCAAGGCUGGUGGAGCAGCGGAGCCCCCCGGGGUCAAAGGCAAGCGAGAGGCUGAGGGUGGCCCGGCACCAUCCAACUGAGCGCCGCGGGGCCCUGCCACCCUGGUCUCCGCUGGGGCAUCUAAAGAGAACCCCCAGACCUGACACUUUUGAGGGCGGCUUGAGUGAAGGAGAAAGGUGGUUAUUUAUUGAGGGGGAGGAAAAGUGGUGCAGGGACAGGGAGAUGGGGUGCUAGGGGUUUUUAGUCACUAGGGCUGGAAGGGGCAUGUUUGAUUGGUGGGCAGGGAGUCUCUGUGCAAGCCCUUCUGUUCUCCCUUCUCUCACUAUUUCUUUCAUGCCGCUGGACUGCAGGGGGGAGGGCACCCCUACCUUGGCCGGCGGGUAGGGUUAGGCUGGAGGAGACAGAUGUCCUGGAGCAGAGAGCAGUGGGGCUGGCCCGGGGCGCUGGGGUAGCUGCCUGGACAUGUCCUUAGUACCUGGGAACCGGGACAUGAAAGUGCCUCCAGAGUGGCCGUGUGUCCCUUUCAUCCCCCUUAUAGUGCUUCUGCCCCUAGGGUUUCCAGAUGGAGAGCUGAGAUGGGGUGGUAGAAGCUGGGGGUCCUCACAGGGCUAGUCUCUAUCUGGUUGGGAGGGUUGUUUGGGGAGAAAUAACUCCUUUGAUGAGCUUCCUUAUUAACCCUUCCAGACUGGGUCUGACGGAGCCAUGAAGGAAGAGGGGAGAGGGCCUGAAUCUUGGACAGGUUCCCAGCCAAACCUGUGGGGUGGAGGGGAGAGCCACCUCGGGGAAGAGGGGGUGAAGAGGAAUUCCUCCCCUAAGGUGAGAGAAGGGGGAUUUGGUGGGAGAACAGAAGGAACUAACUCCUUCCUUCUCCAGCUCUGCUUCAGUUCUUAACCCUUGGGCUUUGUAAAAAGUAAAGUUCGGUAGCCCAACUCCUCCAUCUAUUACCCCAUGGAGGUUUUCAAUAUAGCUGGAAGUCCCAACUCUAGAAUUGAUGUAGUUCCUCACCCUAGGUCCCCAUCUUUUGCCGUCCCUUUGGGAUGAAAGGAAGGGGGUUACCUCAGCUAGUUGGGGGUGUCCCAGCAGAGAGACCUUCAGUGGUCCCCUCUUUGAAUCAUGACUGCCCCUGACUGGCCAUGUCCCUGUUCACUGAGAAGCUAAGCCCACUUUUUCCUUAACGUGGCCUUUCCCUUCCACCUAUAUCCCUUGUUCCCCGUAGAGUGUAUUGAGGAUGAAUUAGGGGCCUAUGAGUCAGAAUCGACUCGACGGAACUGGGUUUUUUUGAGGGUUUUAGGAGGGAGCUAGGAGACUCCGUCCUCCCCAUUCCCACGGGGGAAACUCCCCUUCCAUAUGAAGGAGUUGUUCUCCCACUGGAAGGGGUUCUGCCUUCAGAGAUGAUGUCCAGAGAGCCAUCCCUGUUCCCUUCUUUAGAUGCUACCCAGUGCCGUCGAGUCGAUUCCGACUCAUAGCGACCCUAUAGGACAGAGUAGAACUGCCCCAUAGAGUUUCCAAGGAAUGCUAGAAAUACAUUUUGAUUAUGAUCCUGGGGUGGGGAAGGGACGGAGGGGAGAAGCCCAGUGGGGGCUGAGCCAGGCAGAGAGGAAAGAAGCUGAUACAGGGAAGGCCCCUGGAGCUAGUGGGGUUUCCCGCACUGAAGGUAGACAGGCCUUAAGAUUCUUCCUUCCCUCCCCUUUCCUUUGCCCCUCUUUGCCCACCCACAGUCCUAUGUGGGGAUUAGCUGUGUAUUGAUUUUUAAGUUAUAAGCAAAGGGUAUUUUAUUUAAUAUUAGGACAUGUGUAUGCUUGUGUAUGUAUCUAUGUGUGUUGCCUGUGUGCGUGGUGUGUGCGUGGUUCUCUACUGAGCCUGAGGUCUCCAGCCAGGGAGACCCCGUCUUGUUCACCCCAUCCAAGGUCCUGGGACCUAGGCCCACAGCAUCUCUUCCUCCCUUGGGGAUGCCGGAGCCCAGUCCAGGGACAGGGAGCUCUGUGGGAAGUAGUAGCUGGGCUCUGGGUGGGAAUACAUGUUUGUGUAGAAAGGGGCCCUCCUUAAAAGGGACAAUGUCCCUUCUCCCUGAGGGACUCGUGGGCCUGGGGUAGUUUGAGAA